UGUUGGGUCGCUUCCGCACUCAGUGAAUGAUUUCGCCGUGUCAUGUGGAUGUCUGAAACCCAAACUUAUAGGGUCAGGGGUUAACAUCGUCAAACCGACUCCUCCACGAAUCUACACCGGAGGUCUGAGGACUCUCCGCGGACCCAAAGACUCUUCUUGCGGGCGUAUUAAAGAGUUCGGGUCCAGUACCAGCGAUGGCGGACGGGGAACGGUCACCACUGCUGUCCGAGCAGCACGACGGUACCAACGGCUUCUCUCCCGGGGGAAGCACGCUCGGAUAUUCGUCGAAACCAGAGAGUUUAGCACCGUUCCCCAGUUCAGUGGUAACUGGAGAACCUCCACCUCCAUACUCGCCACAGGGCAGUCCAGACAGCAGCAGCGCUCCAGUCAUCAGCUGCAGAGUCUGCCAGAGCGCCAUAUCUGUGGAGGGCAAGACGCACCAACAUGUAGUGAAGUGCAGCAUCUGCAAUGAAGCUACGCCAAUCAAGAAUGCUCCAGUUGGAAAGAAGUAUGUUCGCUGUCCAUGUAACUGUCUGCUAAUCUGCAAAGUUACGUCUCAGAGGAUUGCAUGUCCAAGACCAUACUGUAAACGCGUCAUUAACCUGGGACCAGUUCACAUUGGCAGGGAAAGUCCUGAACCACAGCAUCAACCCGUCGGCAUCAGGGUCAUCUGCGGACACUGCUCUAAUACAUUCCUGUGGACAGAGUUUUCCGAUCGGACCUUGGCUCGAUGCCCACACUGCCGUAAAGUCUCUUCGAUUGGUCGGCGGUACCCCAGGAGGAGGAGCUGGCUGUGUUUCCUGCUGUUUGUAGUGAUGGCAGCCUCCACAGCAGGACUUCUGGUUGGCACAUGGAAGGCUGCCCAGCAAUCUAAAGGCAUCUACGUGUCGUGGGUGCUGCUGAUCUUGUUUGCUCUGUUCGCCUUGGCAAGAACCAUCUACUGGUGGUGUCUGAAAAUCAGCGACCCCAUAUCCAACAUCACAUAAAGAGAGAGAAGGGGACCAAAAGACCAAAGGAAGGAAGGGAGGUGAGAAAGCGUAGAGAAGUUAAAAAGGAAAAUAUAGUGGAGAAAAAGGCAGGAAGGUACAAGUGGAAGGAUUUGUACACGUAUGUCAUAGAAGUAAAGCAAAUGUAACACAUUAAAAAUACCACAUUCAUGCCAAACUGUAUUAAAAAUCUACCAGUUGUCCUAAAACAACAUGAGGAUUUCAGUCAAUGUUUAUUGUCUUCUCUUAAUGGAAAAUCAUUGAUGAUCACAAGAGAGUAGAUCAGGGGAUUUCUUUUGCUAGAGUAAUCAAUGAAGGAUGAUCCUUUUGUUCCAAUCAGAGAUGUGCUUGUUUUAAUGUCAUUCGUGUGCCCAAAUGAUGAGGAAUCAAUGUUUCCUUUGGAAAAAUUUAAUGAAAUUAGAACAUAAUGACAUUCCGCUAAUGCUUGAUUUUUCCAUGUGGAGUUCAUACGCUGAGGAUGCUUAACACAGACCAAAACAGUGGAAGAGUCAUGGAAACUGAGUAGAUCAGGCAGAAAAAAUAAGAUGUUUUAUUCUUUAUUAAGAAAAGUCCAACUUGGACUUUCUUUUCCUUACCACAAAUUCAAACAUUCAUUUUAUUUUAACCGGAUGCCAAGAAGAUUGACACCACAUUUGUUUACAAUACAGCCAACCUUGUAUUAAGCAUCUUUCAUAAAACUCCAAACAAGCAAAUUCAACCAUUUUCAGGAAUGCUGAAUUCAUCUGAUUUAAGGAACAGGAAUAAGGAACACUAAAAAAAAAAGAUAUAUUGGUAAUAGAAUUAUAAAGCAAAUGCAUCCCGAAUACCUCAUGAAGCCUAACAGUACAUAUAAUUUAUAAAACAUGUUCUAUCUGAAGGCAUUGUUAAAUAUAAGUUGUCGAAGUUUACUGACAGAUGCUGAGAAGAAAUAUUUCUGCUGUAAGUGUUUUAUUCCCACUGGAAGGACUUUUGUUCAGUAUGCAAUGUGCAAUUACAGUUUUCUCAUUUAAUCACAAAUUACAUGUAAAAUGUGCUUGUAAUACAUUUGAAUACGAUCAAAUAAAGCAGCAAGGUAACCGAGGGAAGCUUAUGGAUAAUAUAAAUAAACAAACAUUAUGUAUAAAUGAGUAAAAACCAUUUAUUUUUCUCUGUAUGGGGUAGCUUGGGAGUUUUGAGGCAUUUAAUUGGAUUUUUUUUUCCACACUGGGCAUGAUUUUAUUUCAAUCAAACUAAAUUUUUACAACCUAAUCUACUUCUCUGUAAAAGUGUAAAUAUUUUUAGUGGAUGUUGAUUGUUGACUGUACAGAACUGUCAGAGCUUUUGCUUUUCCCUUGUGACUAAUUAAUGUAAAAACCUGCUGACUGUGAAAUAUGUUGCACUACAUUGUACUGAAGUACUACUAAAGAGUGUUUCUGUCACUGUUCUUCUGGUGGAUAUGUUCCCUUUUUGUAUAUUGUGAAACAAAGUUAUAAUUUUAACAAAGCUCUCUGACUCA